AAAAUGACCGAGUGGCAGCACGUGACCUUUGACGACGUUGCGCCGACGCCGUGGAAGAAUGGCGGCGGCGAGACGCGGCAGCUCGUGGCGUGGCCGCAAGGCGCCGACGACUGGACCCUCCGUGUCUCGAUCGCGGACGUGACGCAGGACGGGCCGUUCUCGUCCUUUGACGGGAUCCGCCGGUGGUUUACGGUCCUCUCGGGCGACGGCGUCCGCCUGUUUGAGGACAUGGACAUUUGCGUCGGCGACAAGCUCUACGAAUUUGAUGGCGCGCUUGCCCCGGCGUGCUCGCUUCUCGGCAGCGCCGUCCGUGACUUCAAUGUCAUGUAUCGCGAAGCCGACGGCGGGAGCAUGGUCGUGACCAACGCCAAAGCGACGCACAGCCUCUACGCGAUGGGUGCUCGGUUCCUCGGUCUCUUCACGGUCGAUGGCGGCGAGCUCAUGAUCAACGGCCUCGAGAGCGUGCGCGUGUCGCCCAUGACGCUCGUGUGGGCGCAAGAUACGUCGGCAGAGCUGGUCUUUUCCAGUCACGGGCCCGGCGCUGCGUUCUGGUUGCACCUUGAAUAACAAAACAUAAUCUUUCUGAAGCGGAAGG